AUGCCCCACAGCGACACCGACUCCGACACCGAGGCCGCAGGCCUCGACCUCUUCACCGAACCCGCCGACUUCCGCCCCCCAGACAAGCCCGCCACAUUCGUACAACACACCCUCACCACCGGCGCCCGCGAAACCCUCAACCUGCGUCUCGUCGGCCACAACCCCCUCUGGGGCCACAUGCUCUGGAACGCAGGUCGCAUCACCAGUGAGUACCUCGAAGAGCACGCCUCAACCCUCAUAGCCUCCAAGCGCAUCCUUGAGCUCGGCGCCGGCGCCGGCCUCCCCAGCCUCGUGUGCGCGCUGCGCGGCGCUGCCAGCGUCGUCGUCACCGACUACCCCGACCCGGACCUCGUCUCGAACCUCCGCACCAACAUUGCCGCUGUGGGUGCGCCGCCGAAUAUAGUCGUCGAGGGCUACAUCUGGGGGCGGGAUGCGGGCGAGCUGAUGGGCGACGGGGGGAGGUUCGAUGUGUUGGUGCUGUCGGACCUGCUGUUUAAUCAUUCGCAGCAUGGGGCGCUGGCGGAGACGGUGAGGGUUGCGAUGAAGCCGGAUGGGGUUGCGCUGGUGUUUUUCACGCCGCAUAGACCCUGGCUGUUGAGUGAGGAUUUGGCGUUCUUUAAGGUGGCGGAGGAGGCGGGGUUUGUGGUAAAGAAGGUGUUGGAGAAGAAGUUGGAGGCGCCGAUGUUUGAGGAGGAUCCGGGGGAUCGGGAGUUGAGGAGGACGGUGUUUGGGUAUGAGCUGAGGUGGGCGGACCCAGGGAAGGUGCAGCUGCCAUAG